CUCAGUGAAUUCCUUUGCCGCAGUAAGGAGAACACUUCCUGGGCUUAAGGCAACACAUAAAAUUGGUAAUUGAUACUUCUUACCAUAGGCAUGGCAAUAAUACCUUCUGAGGAUGUGGAUUCUCGAAUGGAAACAAGUGGCAGUGAUGACUGUGAAGCACAACAAUCGGCAAAUGGAGUUCUUAAGAAAGCUCUUAAUACAAUACAAGUGUCAAAGCCGGGUGUCCUUAGGAUGGAAAAAGCAUUAGAAAAAGAAAUAUUUGAAAAAUGGCAUGAAGCUUGCGAAGUUAUGAAAACAUCUUCCAUACCACAAAGUAGUAUUGAACCAUUUCUCAGUCACCUUGAGAGGAGUUAUGAAGGUAUUACCCCAGAUAUCACACAAAAGCUGAAGGAAAUUCUAAUCUCUCAGGAAUGGGAGUAUCAGUUGAUGGAGUGGAAAUACAACCAUGGUGAUGAUUCCUCGAUGAGAUAUGGACUGCUUGCAUUUGGAAGAUCACCUGAUAAAAAAUUUAUUGAUUGCAUACAUGCUGUCUAUAAAAUCGAUUUUAAAAUAGCUUCAAAAGUAGAUCUAACAAAAGAAGAUCAUACUACAACAUUGGGAUUGAUAGAAUUCACACCGCAAACUAAAUUCAUGGAAUCAGCCUCGGAAAAUUGUUUCAACAAUUUUUUCAGAUUGAAAGCGCUUGAAGGAUUUUACAACGAGGGGUUAAUAGAAAGUAUCAACUAUGCCCCCAACAACACAGAUGUUGAAUAAAGUCUUAAGUCAUAACUAAAAAAAAGACAUUGAAAAUGUGUAUCUACAUUUUGAUAACAACAACUAAUGACCAAAAAAA